CAUAAUCUGCUAAGACAUCAUUGAACUAUAAGAUAUUUUCAGACUAAAACAACAUUUUCUAAAUCUUUCAAGAAAAAUAUUCGUAAACAACUUAUUUCGCUACUUCUCGUUCAAUCCUUUUUUUCCUUUCAUUUUAAACAAUAUUUUAUCACCUCUUCGAAAACAGAAGGGUUAAAGCUGUUGAGCUCCACAUUAACUUUGUAAUCAAAUAAGCAUAAAUUUCAAGUGAGGUUCACAUGAGGUGUUAUGGUGGCUAAUAUCCAACUAGUCUUUUGCUAAAGAGAAUCAUAUCUCUUUCCCCACAUAAACCAUCAUAGGAAUUGUUGUUGUGACAGAUAAUCCUUAUUUUAAUCACCAUGAUAGUACUAUAUCUGAAUAUUAAAUAUGUUGGAAUAUCAAAUAAUAUGAUAACAUGAAUGCAAUUAGAAAACAUUAAUCUGAUGGUAUCUCUGUAGUGGAUAAAGUUUGAUGAAGUGAAGUUAAUGGACAUAUAGUUUUGAAAAAGGGCCAAUCGAAUGUGGUGUUGGAAUCAUUCGUCACAUAACACUGGCGAAAGAAAAGGUUUCAUGGCACUUGUUCUCCCCACUAAACUAUUAAGUGGAAUCUACGAUGUGUGACGUUUAGAAAUGUAUUAACACUCAAAACAAAAUGAUCAUUGGUUGUUUCUACCCAAGAAAGAAAAAAAAAAUAUUUAUCAGAGGUUAUAUUGGAUAAAUUAAUUGUAGGAUAUUUUGUGAUGAAAAAGUCGUUUCAUAUCAAUAAAAUUAUUUGACGAUAAUAUGAUGUUUUUCCCCUGUCUUUCUUCAGAUAUCCGUGAAAAAAAGUACGAAAAAGACUCGAAUGGCAAGGUACCUUCGUCGUGCUCCCGAAAAUCACUGCGCGUGCCUUUCGGGUCACCUAACGUCUACACCUCACUUGGUCGCGGUCCAAGAAAUCGUCCGACCUAAGGUCCCGCACACACUAUUCUUUUUAGUUAUGCACGAUCCUGCAGGUGAAGAGUCUGGUAAUGAUGCAUCAGCCAAUACUACAAGGUUCAUUCUCUUUCAAAGAGAUCGAAAAUCAUAAUUUACAUAAUUGUCUUCAGAUUGACGAUUGGUUUCACAAAUACUUGUACUUUAGUUUCGGGCUAGAAGCAGAUGCUGUCCAGUUCCAUCAAUAAAGCCCAAUUGUUUUUUUCUCUCCAAUUUAAAUUGAGAUAACCAGACAGGGCCCACUAAUUUAUGGGCCUCGUGAGGCCGACUCUCCUUCCCGGCUAACCAGUAACAUCUACCCACUCACUUGAUUGCCACGACCUGUCGUCUCCGUUGCGCGCCACCUGUCCAUCCCUCCCUCUCUCUCUCUCUCUCUCUCUCUCGAGCUGUCUCUCUUACUCUCUCGCGACUCGCGAGAAGGGUCUUUCCGCUGAAUCGUCGCUCGAAACUCGUCCCCAACCUCCACCGGAACGCGAUUUUCCCCACUCUCCGAUCACCGUUUCGCCGAGUUACCGGAGUUUCGAAAGAGCGAGAUAAAGUUAGAGAGGGACGAAGGAGGCGAGAAGUUGCAACCGAAAUGAGGGCCGUCGCGUCGCGGUUGAUCGACUCGAGAGCUUCCCUGUCUAGAUUGUGUGCAAUGGCGGGGUAUGGUGAGCGGAGAUGUUUCUCAACUGAAUCUAAUAAGGUCGACGAGCCUUUCAAGGUCGAGGAAGCAGAAACUGUGAACGUCCCUCCACCGCCUCAAGAAAAGUUGCUGGUGUUAGGUGGAAAUGGUUUCGUUGGCUCUCAUAUUCUCAGGGAGGCUCUAGAUCGGGGCUUAUCUGUUGCUAGCCUUAGCAGAUCUGGGAAGUCAUCAUUGCAUGAUUCAUGGGCUAACAAUGUCACGUGGUAUCAAGGGAAUCUUCUUUCGCCUGAUUCAUUGAAGGAUGCUCUAGAUGGGGUCUCUGCGGUUAUUUCCUGUGUUGGGGGUUUUGGCUCACAUUCAUACAUGUACAAGAUCAAUGGAACUGCAAAUAUCAAUGCUAUUAGAGCUGCUUCGGAAAAAGGCGUGAAAAGAUUUGUUUACAUUUCUGCUGCGGAUUUUGGCCUGGCUAACUACAUACUGCGAGGAUAUUACGAGGGGAAGAGAGCUGCCGAAGCAGAAUUACAGGCGAAGUUUCCAUACGGAGGAAUAAUUCUGAGACCAGGCUUUAUCUACGGGACUCGUGGUGUUGGAAGUCUGAAGCUGCCUCUUGGUGUCAUUGGUUCUCCUAUGGAAAUGGUUCUUCAACGGGCAAAGCCGCUAAACCAACUUCCAGUAAUCGGACCUCUGUUCACACCUCCGGUGGAUGUGAAUGCGGUGGCCAGGGUGGCACUGAGGGCAGCAACUGAUCCGGUUUUCCCACCCGGGAUCAUAGAUGUUGAUGGGAUCCAGCGUUACAGUUGAAGCUGUAGAGCUGCUGGCCGAGGAACCCUUUAUCCCUUACAGGCCAGUAACCAGAGAAUUCCUUAAAUUGUUGGGAGAAAGUUGAGUAAGUUCGUUGAGAAUUAGUAUGGAUACAGUUACCAUUAUGUUCCAUGUUAGAAUCCCUAAAUAGAACCUAAUGAUAAAAUAAAAGUUUACGUCAUUCCUAAAAUAACAAAGAUGAGCAGAAGAAUUAUGUACCGGGGAUGUGGUAAUACUAGGUUUAAUAACUUACCAUGAACCAACUAUACACAAGAAACUUUGUCAAUAAAC